AAGGAGUUGAACGUUUGAGCAGCUCUCUGUCUCCUGACUGGAUGCAGCGGUCCCUCAUAUCGGGGCUCUCCGUUUACAUUAUUCAUACGAAGGAGGGUGUGACUUGUUGGCUCUUUUUCCGCCUGUAUAAAAUGAGAAGUUCGCAUAAAAGAAAAUACAGAUGGAGAAAGCUAGCCGCCUCGCAGUGUCACAGAGAGUCCCCUUAAGCCUCCGCGACAACUCCCAUACUGUCCCUUUGAGACUCGCUUAAUCGGCGCAAUGCCCGGUCUCUGCGUACUUUGUCUCGCCGCCGCACUGGCCGCGUUCGCCGGGCUCGCCGGCACCGUGGGGCCGGUGGUGCGAUGUGAGCCCUGUGACGCCGGGGCGCUCCUGCAGUGCAAGCCGCUCCCGAAGGACUGCCUGGAGCGGGUGCGGGAGCCCGGCUGCGGCUGCUGCAUGACGUGCGCUAUCGGAGAGGGGCUGGCGUGUGGAGUGUACACGGCGCGCUGUGGCUCCGGCUUCACCUGCCAGUACCGGCCAGGGGAGAGCCGACCCCUGCAGGCACUGCUGGAGGGACGGGGAGCGUGCUCCGCCGCGGCGUCCAAGAAGCUCAACGGCAUGCUGGCACCGGCGCACAAACCAGAGAAUGACGGACAUCAGGUUGAAGGUUCUACCAACGUGACCGCGACCAUGCCAGGGAUGCCCGGCGCGGAGACCGUGAAGGGUGGACACAGCCAGGGGUCGAUGGACACCAGGCCACCUCUCCACAAAAAGCUGAUCCAGAAAGAUCAAAACAGGAAGACUCAGAGCUACAAGGUGGAAUCAGUGUCAGGAGGAGCCAAUAUGGACAUGCACAACUUCUCCCUGGAGAACAAGAGGGAGACCGAGUAUGGGCCGUGUCGACGGGAGAUGGAGAGCAUCCUGAGCGGGCUUAAAAUCAGCAAUGUACUCAAUCCGAGGGGCUUCCGCAUACCCAACUGUGACAGAAAGGGCUUCUACAAGAAAAAACAGUGCCGUCCAUCCAAAGGCAGGAGGCGGGGCUACUGCUGGUGUGUGGACAAAUACGGGCAGCCUCUGCCCGGCUACGACGGCAGGGAGCGAGGCGAGACGCAGUGCUACAACCUGGAGAGCAAAUGAGGGGACGGAGGGAUGACGAGUGGACGGAGAGAAGAAGACGGGCUGGGGUGGUGUGUGUGUGUGUGUGUGCAGUGAGGGUGGAGGGGGGGGGGGGGGGUAGAAAGACAACAGAGAGUCUACUUUGCCCUUUUCAUGUAGUUUUAUGUAAACAUUUGAAGAGCCUCUGGGCCUUUGAUUUUAGGUCUGAUUUCUGUGGGAGACAGGUCGAGAGCAAUGGGGGGGGGGGGGGGGGGAACAUGUCCCCCUGUCCUUCACAGCCAUCUGUCCUGUGCUGAGGGAACCUUUCAUUUAAAAAAAAAUGCGACAACAAAACAAUAGCUUUGCUGAAAGCUGAGAGAGAAGCGAAAGAAAGAGAAAAUCCUUACAGCUGCACUAUUCUUUUAGGAAGGAGGGACUUUUCCACUCGCUUUUAACGAGGACAUGUUUGUGACUGUGACCCGGAGAAAAAACAGGCACCACCUCCGUCUCUAUUGUGUGUGUGUCUGUCUGUGAGUCUGUAAGCGAGAGUCUGUGUGUGUCUUAAUGUGCGAGCGCUUGCAUAACAUACCUGUGCGCAGCUGCAUGUCUGUGCACGAUGGCGUGCGAGUGUGCGCUCUGUCCCUAAAGUGUUUAUUCGUGAAAAUACCGUAAGUCACUAAACUCAGUUUAGAGAUAUCCGACUGCCAAUUUCCAGCCCCUUCUCCAAUAAAAAAAAAAGAAAAAAAAAACAA